CCACUUCUUUGCUGGGAGGUGCCUGGCCAUGGAAUCAGUUCCAUUCCUGCCUCAAUGACUUGCAACCUGUUUCCUCCUCUGCAGAUUGGGAACAGCAAUCCCCACCUCAACAAUUUGGCGCCCCCACUCUCCCAGGGGAAACUGGCGGACCCUCUAGGCGGUGUUUGCAGAGUCCCCUCCCAGCAGGAGCCACAGAGUUGAAUAUGAGCUGCCAGAUCAGUCUCCUCCCCGGGACAUCCCCGGGGGCGGCAGUUCCACCUGCUGCACGAAAGGUAGGACCUGAUGGCUCCAGGCCCUCGGAGGCUCAGAGGCGCAGGGCUGAGCCAUGGGAACGAAGCGCGAGGCCAUCCUGAAGGUGCUGGAGAACCUGACCCCGGAGGAGCUCAAGAAGUUCAAGAUGAAGCUGGGGACGGUGCCGCUGCGCGAGGGCUUUGAGCGCAUCCCGCGGGGAGCGCUCAGGCAGCUAGAUACCGUGGACCUCACCGACAAGCUGGUCGCCUCCAACUACGGGGACUACGCAGCCGAGCUCGUCGUGGCCGUGCUGCGCGACAUGCGCAUGCUGGAGGAGGCCGCACGGCUGCGGCGGGCCGCGUGCCGGCCACUCUGAGCUGGAGGCGGGCCAAGGGAAGGAGUAAUGCAACGCCUGUGAAGCCAGCCCCGCGCGCGCACCAGUCGCGUAAGACAACAGCAGUGUCACCACCUCCGGGACCAAGGACGCCUCCGUGCCUCCAGACCCCGCCUCCUCCAGCCCCUGCACCUGUCAUUUAUUCUUCCACUGCCCAAUAAAUAUUCAUGGCAGACUUU